AUGCGACACGACAGGGCGCAACAGGUGCUGCACCGGCGCGGCGUGGCGACGGCCGGUGGUCAAUGCCGGCGCACUGCGGGCUGCCUGCACGCCGUCCCAGGCCCGCUCGCCCGGCGCCGGCAGUGCGCAGCGGGCCACGUGGCCAGCAGCCAGAGCCAGGAGCCAGCAGCCAGCAGCCGGCCCCACGUGGCGGCGCAGCCCAUGGCGGGCCGACAGCGGCGCGGCGGGCUGGCGCUCGCGCUGCUCCAGCUCGCCACCAUCCUCUCUCACGCGGUGACGGACGGCCCGCGCUUCCUGCAGCCCAUUCCCAACGUGACGGUGGCGCUGGGCCGCGACGCGUCGCUCUCCUGCGUCGUCGACAACCUGGGGCCCUACAAGGUGGCGUGGAUCCACAUCGACCGGCAGAUGAUCGUGACGAUCCACAAGCACGUGAUCGCGCGCGUGCCGCGCUUCAGCGUGUCGCACGACAACCAGAAGACGUGGCUGCUGCACGUGUCGGCCGUGCAGCAGGAGGACCGCGGCUACUACAUGUGCCAGGUCAACACCAACCCCAUGAUCAGCCAGGUCGGCUACCUGCAGGUCGUAGUGCCUCCAAACAUCGUGGACGAGGAGUCGACCGAGUCAGCGGUGGCGGUGCGCGAGCACCAGAACGCGACGCUCACGUGCAAGGCGGACGGCUUCCCCGCGCCCAAGGUCAUGUGGCGGCGCGAGGACGGACAGCCCAUCGUGCUCUCCAGGCACCGCAAAGGUAGGCGAAAGGCGCGCCUGCGCUGGGCCCACACGCGGGUUGCCUGCCAGCUGCAGCUGCCCCAGUCAACCGCAGCAGUGUCCUGA